AUGUCUGCCGCCGCGCUCGAGCCCGCCGAAACCGCCCCCCUCGCCAUUGCCCCUGAAGAAAGCCCGGAGCGUCCGUGCACUCCCCCUCUUCCGUCCGCGCCUGCGCAAGAUUGUAACCUCCCAAAGUCCGGGGAGGUUGAGCCCCAAGGCGGGUCUGUCAUCCUCAUCGAUCCGACUACAAACGAGAUCAUCGGGACAUUGACGCCGGCCUCGCCUGGGGAAGAGGGGACGAGGGAUCAGGAGGUGUCGGAAUCAGAUACCGAUACACUACGCGGGCACGACAUUACAGGGUCGGCGGUGGCAGUAGGGGAGGAAGGGCCAAAACGGCGGGACCCGACCUACAGCUAUCGCCUUUCCAUUUCGGACCUCUCUCUGAGGACGUUCGCUGGCGCGCCCUCUACCAUUACCGAGCAGGGCGGGACAUCCUUGCCUACGGCGGCCGAGGGAGGAGGAGGAGGGACUCCGGCGGAGCGUAUACAAAGAGGAAUGAGGAGCAGCUGGAUGACGGAUGAUGCUUCAUUCUGGACCGCGCGGGGGACAUUGCGGUUCGAAGGGCCGGUAGGCGAGGAAGGGUCAGGGAAGGAUAGGGAAGUGGUAGUAGCGUACGUCAAGACCGAUACACCUCUAAACGACCUCUUCCCGCCCUACAUCCCGUCUCCCCGAAUCCCCCGAACACCACGAACAACCGUCCCUCACUCCACACUCCGAACCCACAGCUCCACCCUCACAACGAGCACCGACUCCCCCUUCCCUUCUCGCAUCCUACACCUCUUCCCCCGUCUCUCAACGCUCCCACGCGGUGGGUCUGGCGGCGUCGCAGGCUCCGGACUCCCGAGCAGCGUGACGCAGGGUAUAAGCUGGCCGUCCGCGAUAGAUAUGGACCCAGCGAGUCUCGCAGCGGCCGCGAGCUCGCAUGCGGAGGCGGCAUUCUGGAGGCUCGUCAUGCCGGGGAUUAGUGGGGUGUAUGGGUGGACGGGAGUAUUGGGCCAGGCGUAUGAGCAGUUGACAGCUUAUCUUCCCCUGCCCUCCCUCCAGACAUCUACCCAAACGUCUAACGCCCCACUUCUUAUCGAUUCUUCUGUCCCAGGAUCAGCCCAUACGCCCGGCCUCUACUCGGACGAAACGAUCUAUACCCUCCGUAUGCCCCCUCCGACCGGGACAGAGGGGGAUGGUCCAGACCUCGGGCCGACGAUCCGGCCUGUGUGGGUCAAGAAACGGGCGGCGCUGCCUGUAUUUGAGGAUAAGCAGGAGGGAUGGGGACGGGAGAACAGGGGGAUCAGGAUCUAA